AGUGUAUUGCGUACCUGAGUCGUGGAUCAAGUGUGGAUUGUGAAUUACACCGUUGCCAAAUCCACCUUUUUUUACUGCCAGUAAACAAUGGAACGCGAUGGAACAUGAGAAUGAGUGGAUCACCGUGGCUUUGGGUUUGCUGAGUAUCUGGGAUGUCUGUGUAUAAAUCAGGCAGCUGCUACUACACUGUAUUGCUAUACUGCUAGAGUGAAAUUUUUUCCUGUUCUGCUGCUCCAUUUGUAUCUUAUUACCGUACUCUCGGAGAAGGUGUCCGGUACUUUUUUUCGAUCCCCAAGUCAUCCGGAUAAAUCGCCAAAAUGGUUUUGGCAGAUUUGGGACGGAAAAUAACAUCCGCGCUGCGCUCGUUGAGCCAUGCGACGAUCAUCAAUGAGGAGGUGCUCAAUUCUAUGCUCAAGGAGAUAUGCGCGGCGUUACUUGAGUCCGACGUUAAUAUUAGAUUAGUCAAAAAUUUGAGGGAAAAUGUACGGUCAGUCAUUGAUUUUGACGACAUGGCUGGUGGUCUCAACAAGAGACGGAUGAUACAGAGUGCUGUAUUCAAAGAGCUUGUCAAGCUUAUAGAUCCUGGAGUCAAGGCGUACCAACCAGUAAAAGGAAGACCAAAUGUUAUUAUGUUUGUCGGUCUGCAGGGUUCUGGUAAAACUACAACUUGUACAAAAUUAGCCUACCAUUAUUUGAAGAAGAACUGGAAAGCUUGUCUAGUCUGUGCUGACACAUUCCGUGCUGGAGCUUACGAUCAAAUUAAACAAAAUGCCACAAAAGCCAGGAUUCCAUUUUAUGGAAGUUAUACAGAAGUUGAUCCUGUUGUUAUUGCUCAGGAAGGUGUGGACAUGUUCAUAAAAGAAGGGUAUGAAAUAAUCAUUGUAGAUACUAGUGGAAGACAUAAACAAGAGGAAUCCUUGUUUGAAGAAAUGUUGCAAGUGUCCAACGCAGUUCAACCAGAUAAUAUUAUAUUCGUGAUGGAUGCCACUAUAGGUCAAGCUUGUGAAGCUCAAGCAAAAGCCUUUAAAGAACGUGUAAAUGUUGGUUCCAUCAUUAUUACUAAAUUGGAUGGCCAUGCUAAGGGUGGUGGUGCACUAUCAGCAGUUGCUGCUACACAGAGUCCAGUCAUUUUUGUGGGUACAGGAGAACACAUAGAUGAUCUGGAACCCUUUAAAACAAAACCAUUCAUCAGUAAACUCCUGGGUAUGGGCGACAUUGAAGGUCUUAUUGAUAAAGUUAAUGAGUUGAAUUUGGAUGAUAACGAAGAAUUAUUGGAAAAAAUUAAACACGGCCAAUUUACGUUACGUGAUAUGUAUGAACAAUUCCAAAAUAUCAUGAAAAUGGGUCCUUUCUCACAAAUUAUGGGUAUGAUACCUGGAUUCAGUCAAGAUUUCAUGUCAAAAGGAACUGAACAGGAAUCAAUGGCUAGGUUGAAAAAGCUGAUGACCAUAAUGGACAGUAUGAAUGACUCAGAAUUGGACAGCAGAGACGGUGCUAAAUUAUUUAGUAAACAGCCCGGUAGAAUCGUCAGAGUAGCUCGUGGUUCUGGAGUAACGGAAAAGGACGUGAAAGACUUAAUAGCUCAGUACACGAAGUUCGCUGCGGUCGUGAAAAAGAUGGGUGGAAUCAAGGGCCUGUUCAAGGGUGGUGAUAUGACAAAGAAUGUCAACCCUGCUCAAAUGGCAAAAUUGAAUCAGCAAAUGGCAAAGAUGAUGGAUCCUCGUGUACUUCAUCAAAUGGGUGGAAUGUCUGGACUGCAAAAUAUGAUGAGACAACUGCAACAAGGAGCUGCUGGAGGCUUGAGUAAUUUGAUGGGUGGUUUUGGAGGUCAAUCUUAAAAAAAAACUUAAAUGUGCGUGAUUAAAAUUACGACUAUUUUUAUUUUUCGUUGUGAAAAAGGGAAAUUAAAAAAAUUAUGAUGAUUGUUUUUUAUACAUCGUAAAUUAAGAGUUGAAAAUUUUUACAAUAUUGGUACAGAAUUUUUGAAGAAAACUAUAUAUAUAUACUUCACAGCAUUAAUUACUGUGUGUCUAUGGAUUUGGUCUUAUACAAGCUUUCAAAGUGUCCCUGACAUCUCUUUUCAGCAUACCAAUUGUUGUUUACAAUAAUGUGCUUCCUGCUUUCAAUACAAUGAAGUGAAAAUUUUAAAAUCUAUGUUAAAUAAAUUGAGUAUGGAUGUUCAAGUAUGAAUGAUGUAUGUAUGUACACAUGUCUAUCAGAGUAAGAAGUAAGAGAAUAUGUAAAAAUUUAAUAUACAGAAAUGAAAUAUACAUAUAUAUGUAAGACCAGGACCAUUGUUUUAGAAAAAUGAUUUAAAUGUCUUUAAAAAUGCGUUUUCUUUUAUACAGCAAUUUAAAAUUUUUUUGUCUAGUACAUAGCUCUCGUGCGGUAUCAGCUGAUUUUGACGUCAUACAUACAGUGUACAUAUAUAUAUAUACGUUAUGUAUAUAUAACGUUAAAAACAUAACCUACAAAGUUCUAAUACCCCAGAAGUUCGAAAUCUAAUAUUGUGUGAUAAAUUACUUACAUAUUCAG